UCAUUGCCCCGGGACAUAAUGUUUAAACGUGUGUGUGUGUGUGUCUGUGUGUGUCUGUGUGAGUGUGUGUGUCACUGACAGAUAAAGCACUGAGCCGACCUCCCGGCAGAUCACAGCUUCUGGACUUGUCGUUGUGUCCAGUGUCACCUGGAGGAUUCACCCCAGACAUGCAGCUCUGUUUCUGGGCUGGAGCUCGGUGUCUCCUGCCCGUCCUGGUCCUUCUGUCCGUCCUUCAUGUCCGAGCAGCAGAGCAGCUUCCACCCAGAGAGAGACACUACUACAUUGCUGCUGUGGAGAUAGACUGGAAGUACUCUGACAAUGACACACAAAGCUAUAAGAAAGUGGUGUUUCGAGAGUAUGAGAAAGAUUUCAGGAAGGCGAAGGCUCAUCCCUCGUGGUUAGGUCUGCUCGGACCCACCCUGAGGGCGGCGGAGGGCGAGACCCUCGUGGUCACUUUCAGGAACAUGGCGACCACGUCACACAGCCUUCACCCCCACGGGGUCGCUUACGGGAAGCAGUCGGAGGGAGCCCACUACUUUGACAACACGUCACAGAAAGAGAAAGAGGACGACGUGGUGCAGCCCAACGGGGAACACGUCUACCACUGGGAGGUGACGGCAGACGUGUCACCGCAGCCAGACGACCCCGCCUGCCUCACCUACACCUACAUCUCCCACCAGAACGUGGUGGAGGACUUCAACGCCGGCCUCAUCGGCGCGCUGCUCGUCUGCAAACCCAAAAGCCUGAAUGAGUCGGGGCAGCAGAUCCACUUCCACCAGGAGUACGUGCUCCUCUUUGGGGUUUUCGAUGAGAAGGAGAGCAGGUACAAGACGAUCGGCCACGCCCCCGACAACCACGUCAAAUACACCAUCAACGGCUUCACCAAGGGGUCACUGCCAGAUGUGAGUGUGUGCGCUCAUGCCUCCGUGAGUCUGCAUCUCCUGGGCAUGAGCUCGGAGCCGGAGGUUUUCUCGGUGCACAUGAACGGGCAGGUGCUGCAGCAGGCCGGCCACAGGGUGUCCUCCGUGGGUCUGAUCAGCGGCUCCACCGCCACCGCCAGCAUGGUGGCCAUCCACACAGGCCGCUGGCUGCUGUCCUCACACAUCAGCAGGCACAUCGAAGCUGGCCUGCACGGGUUUGUGGAUGUGAAGACGUGCGGCGGGUUCGAGGCUCCACGCCGACGGCUGACUCACGCACAGAAGAAAGAAAGCAGGGAGUGGAUCUACUUCAUCGCCGCUGAGGAAGUUGUCUGGGACUAUUCACCUAACCUGCAGCCACAUGUUGAUGAGGACUUCAGGCUGAAGUACUUGAAACAGUCAUCGACACGCGUAGGUCAGAAGUACAAGAAGGCCGUGUACACGCAGUACAAGAACGAGUCGUUCACACAGAGGAUUGAGACCAAGCAAAGGAAGAACGAGCUCGGGAUCCUGGGCCCAGUGAUCAGAGCCCAAAUCAGAGACGUUAUCAAGAUUGUUUUUAAGAACAUGGCGUCCAGGCCUUACAGCAUCUAUCCACACGGUCUGACGAUCCUGAAGUCAGAGGAGGGAGCCAACUACCCAGAAGGAGGCAACAAUUCCCACGGGGUUCAGCCUGGUGAGACGCACACGUACGUCUGGAGAGUGGUGGAGGAGGACGAGCCUCUGGACGGAGACUCCCGAUGUCUGACUCGGAUGUACCACAGCGCAGUGGACGCACCACGAGACAUCGCAUCAGGACUGAUCGGACCGAUCCUCAUCUGCAAGAGUCAGUCGCUCAACCGCAGGAACGUGCAGUUGAAAGCAGACAAGGAGCAACACGCCAUCCUCGCGGUGUUCGAUGAAAACAAGAGCUGGUACCUGGAUCACAACAUCGCUCACUACUGUGAUCCAACCCAGGUCAACAAGGCCGACCCCGACUUCUACAAAUCCAAUGUCAUGCACACGAUUAACGGUUACAUGUUUGAGAGCGGCCCGCUGUUGGGCUUCUGCAACGGAGAGAUAGCAACGUGGCACGUGUCGAGCGUCGGGGCUCAGGACUACAUCCAGACGGCCACCUUCUACGGUCACAUGUUCCAGUUGAACGAGCGGCCGGAGGACUUCCUCAGCCUCUACCCCAUGACUGGAGAAACCAUCAGCAUGACCAUGGACAACCCCGGUGUCUGGCUCAUGGCUUCUCUGAACUCUCAUGAGACGACCAAAGGGAUGCGGGUGAAGUUCCAGGAUGUUGAGUGUUAUCGCGAGUACCAGUUCGAUUCCAGUGAGGAGAAGGAGGACUCCAAUGAAUUCAACAAGUGGAAGCUUCCGAGCAUCGCAGACAUCAAGAAGGACGAGGAGCAGCCGAAGAAUAAGAAUGUGGUGGUGGACUUUGACACAGACAUGUUUGCAGCAGAGUUGGGUCUCAGGUCCCGGAAAAACCAGACGACCGACUCAGACAUGGAGAAGCUGGACCUCUCUCGCCUCGACAGCGACCUCAUGGAUCUGCCCGACGGACCAGAACCAAACUCAAUGAACAAGACAUGGUUUUCAAAUCGUGAAGAGGCCGAUGGAGUGAACCUCACAGUGGUGGAUUCUCUGAGUGAGAACACGACUCGUAUACAGAGCACGAGUGCAGCGUCCACACUUAACAGCUCAUUGAAAACAGAGAGCACGACCGCCUCAUACAACAAAUCGCUGAAGAACGAGAGUAUAACUACAAGUAGCAACGUUUCUCAAAAUGCUUCUAAACCUGAUAAUGAUGCUGUGUCUGACACGAAGAACAAAACUUUCCACAAUGCUACGGAAUUAUCAGCUGCUGGAAAUGUUUCUGCAGAGAUAACAAACCUGAGAGGAACCAAACCAGAAACUGCUAAUCAUACCGUAACAGAACAAGAAACUACCAACGAUACAGAAGUAGAACAAGAAACUACAAACAUUACAGCAGCAGAACAAGAAACUACAAACAUUACAGCAGCAGAACAAGAAACUACAAACAUUACAGCAGUAGAACAAGAAACUACCAACGAUACAGCAGCAGAACAAGAAACUACAGCAGCAGAACAAGAAACUACAAUCAUUACAGCAGCAGAACAAGAAUCUACCAACAUUACAGCAGCAGAAGAAGAAACUACCAACGAUACAGCAUCACAACGAAAAACUACAAACAUUACAGCAGUAGAACAAGAAACUACAGCAGCAGAACAAGAAACUACAAUCAUUACAGCAGCAGAACAAGAAACUACAAACAUUACAGCAGUAGAACAAGAAACUACAGAAGCAGAACAAGAAACUACAGAAGCAGAACAAGAAACUACAAACAUUACAGCAGUAGAACAAGAAACUACAGCAGUAGAACAAGAAACUACAGAAGCAGAACAAGAAACUACAAACAUUACAUCAGCAGAACAAGAAACUACUAAUCUGACACAACCUGGAAAUGUAAGUUCCCUGGUGGAGACUGAAAGUAAUGAGGAAACCCUGACUGGUGAUAACUGGACGAUCUUGGCUGUGGAAUCUGAGGAGAGACUCACCAGAGGAGACGUGUUCUCUUACUCUGAUGAUCAGUCCAACACCAACAGUUCCCUCAGUCUGCUAGAGGCACAGACGAGAGAUGAGAAUAACACAGCAACUGACAUGUCAGCAGAUGCAACGUUGUCCUCUCUGGACAUUGGAGAGUUUAACAGCACAGACAGAAGCACUGGUAUCGACUCUUUGAGCUCUGGAGCAGAGCUGGAGAACAAACCUCAUCCAAACAUAUCCAGAUCAAACUCUUCAGGUUUGAGGAAUGAGACAUCGUCUGCAGGAAGAAACGAGACGGUGGACGGGGACUCGUCCAGAUCCAGUGGUGGAGUCAGAACCGGAAGUUCUGAGGAGCUCAGUGCCUCCGCGAGUAGCGAAGAAGUUCUGAUAUACCUCGGACAAAACAACAUGGAGGUGAUAAAAUCCACCUCUGUUAAAACACAGGGCCACAACUGGACUUACGAGGGAGCCCACCAAACAGAGACCAUGGAGAUUCCCGACCACAUGGUUAAAUAUUUCCCGAGACCGACACCUCGAACAACGCCAGCUCCAAAGAGGAAGAAGAAUACGGUGCACAUCCGCCAGAGGCCUCAGAAGGGUGAGGGCAUGAAAACCAAGAGGAGGAAGGAGUACAAGCCUGUGGCCAGGAGCAGUUUGCCGUUCUCUCCUCGUGGAUUCAACCCAGACCUGACGCCACGCGGGGCCCGACCCAACGUGCCGGUCACCUUCUCUGAUGAGGAGGAGCUCCUUAACGAGCCCGUGGUGAUCGGCGUGCCGCGGCAUGACUUCAGUGACUACGAGCUGUAUGUUCCUGGAGAUGAACCGGACCAUCUCGGGAUGGAUGAGCCAGACGUGAAAGCAAACGAGUAUGAAUACGUGGUCUACAAAGACCCCUACAGCAGCCACGAGGACGUCAAGAGCCUGUACCUGGACGAGACCUCCAAAUACAUCUUGAAAAACUCAGGUCCCAACGUCAGGACGUACUUCAUCGCUGCAGAGGAGGUGACGUGGGACUACAGCGGCUACGGGCAGAGGAGACAAGACAAAGCGCAACUGAACACCCGGAAAACCACGUUCUCCAAAGUGGUUUUCAGAAGCUACACGGACAGUAGCUUCAGCACCCCCGACGUCCGGGGAGAGAUAGACGAGCAUCUGGGAAUCCUGGGACCAGUCAUCAAGGCUGAGGUCGGACAAAGCAUCAUGGUGGUGUUCAGGAACAACGCCGACCGGCCGUACUCCGUCCAUCCCAACGGGGUCACCUACACCAAGAGGACCGAGGGUCUGUCCUACGAGGACGGCUCCAAGUACUGGUACAAGUACGACAACGAGGUUCGACCCAAUUCCACCUUCACGUAUCUGUGGAAGCUCCCGAUCGAGGUCGGGCCAAAGCCGAGCGACUCUGACUGUCGAACCUGGGCCUAUUACUCAGGUGUCAACCCUGAGCGGGACAUCCACACGGGCCUGAUCGGGCCUCUGCUGGUGUGUCGGGAGGGAACCCUGAGCGGGAACCCGCCGGACCUCAUGGAGUUCAUGCUGCUGUUCAUGACCUUCGACGAGUCUCAGAGCUGGCUCUACGAGAAGAACCACGAGAGGAUGCAGAGGAAAAAUCGCAGGAAAUACUUUGACCCGUACUUCAAGGACAAACUCAAGUUCCAAUCCAUCAACGGGAUCAUUUACAACCUGAAGGGUCUGAGGAUGAGCACCCAACAGCUCGUGCACUGGCACCUCAUCAACAUGGGAUCUCCCAAAGACUUUCAAAGUGUCCACUUCCACGGCCAGACGUUCCUGCACCGGGGGACCAGCAGCUACAGACAGGCUGUGUACCCUCUGCUGCCCGGGAGCUCUGCGACUCUGGAGAUGUUUCCUGCCAAACCUGGUCUGUGGCAGCUGGAGACAGAAGUCGGUUCUAUCCAGCAGCAGGGAAUGCAGACUCUCUUCCUGAUUCUAGACAACGACUGUAACCGUCCACUGGGUCUGGAGUCCAGCAGCGUGAAAGAUUCUCAGAUCACAGCAAUCAACACCAGAGGAAACUGGGAGCCGCAUCUCGCCAGACUGAACAAUCAGGGUAGAUACAACGCGUGGAGCACAGAGAAGAACAACAGCUGGAUUCAGGUGGACUUCCAGAGGCCAGUCGUGAUCAGUCAGGUGGCCACGCAGGGAGCCAAGCAGAUGUUCAACUCCCACUUUGUGGUCAAGUACUUCAUCUCCUACAGCACGGACCGCAGGAAGUGGAUCUUCUACAAGGGCGACAGCAAGGGCCUCAGGAAGGUCUUCAUUGGGAACCAGGAAGCUUACGAGACAAAGAGAAACACCUUCUCUCCACCUCUGAUUGGACGGUUCAUCAGACUCCACCCCAUCCACUGGAACACCAAGGCCACAGUUCGCAUGGAGCUCUACGGCUGCGAGCUCGACGGAUGCUCGGUGCCUCUGGGGAUCGAGAGCGGACUCAUCGGGGAUCAUCUCAUCACGGCCAGCUCCACGGCCACCAGCUGGUACUCUGGACCCUGGAGGCCGUCCCUCGCUCGCCUCAACAAGCAGGGCACCAUCAACGCCUGGCAGGCCAAGUACAACGACAGGAGCCAGUGGCUGCAGGUGGAGCUGCCGCAGGUGAAGAAGAUCACAGGGAUCAUCACUCAGGGAGCCAAGUCAGUGGGGACAGAGAUGUACGUCAUGUCCUACAUGCUCCAGUACAGCAACGACGGGGUCAACUGGAACCAGUACACCGACGACGAGGACGUCCAGUACAAGACGUUCCCAGGAAAUAUCAACAACAACGACCACGUGAAGAACUACAUCUACCCCCCCAUCUUCUCACGCUUCAUCCGAAUCGUCCCCAGCAGGUGGAUGAGCUCCAUCACCAUGAGGGUGGAGCUGCUGGGCUGCGACUUCGAGUGAUUAUACACACACAUAGAACUCAGUUCCCUAAAUAUGUGAAAGAACUCCCUGUAUAGAGGAUAAAACAUAUACAGAUAUAUGAAAUCAAAGCUUUUAUAAUGUAAACACACAUUCGUUAGACUCAUCAAAGUUUGUGGAACUUAACUGAAACAUAAAUCUCCUAAAUAUCAGAUCCUCUCUGGUCAGGUUCAGAGGUUUGAACCGGACAGGAUGUGAAAGUGUUGAAUUAUUAUAUUAUAUCUUCAUUUGUUUUUAUUGCUAUUAUUUGUGUCAUUGGUUUGUGCUUCAUACUUUUCCUUGUGCAGAGAAAUAUUUAAAGAAAUUCUAUAUAGAGAUAGUGGGGUCCCCCCCUCCCAUUCACUUCAGUGUAUCUAAUGCAAACUCUGGUUCUAUGUGAUACAAUUCUUCACUCUUUUGUUAAUAUUUCUGUGAUUUUUAAAAACUCGUUGCAUUUUUUAACUCUGGCAUGUUAAACUUUGUACUUUAUGAAAUGAAUAGAGAUAAAUGUAAAUAUGUAAGUAGAGGUCUUGUAGUUUAUUUUGCAAUAAAUAAGAUAACAUAUGA